AUGGCGGAGCGGGAGGGGCGGCGGCGGCUGCUGCGGCUGGUGCAGGAGGGGAGGCUGGAGCUGCUGAGGGCCGAGCUGAGCCCAGAGGAUGUUCCCGAGGCCAGGAGCUGGCGCUGGGGACGGCUGGGGGACACCCUGGUGCACCAUGCAGCACGCCUGGGGCACAGACAUGUGCUGGAGUUCCUGGUGCGGGAGCUGGGGAUGGACGUGGAGGCGGCCAACGCCGACUACAAGAGGCCCCUCCAUGAGGCGGCGUCCAUGGGACACGGGGACUGCGUGUCCUUCCUCCUGGAGAGCGGGGCCGGUGUGGACUGCCUGAAAAAGGGCGACUGGACUCCCCUGAUGAUGGCUUGCACCAGGAGCAACCUGCAGGUGAUCAGAUCCCUGGUGGAGCACGGAGCCAACCCGCUGCUGAGGAACAAGGAUGGCUGGAAUUGCUUCCACAUUGCCAGCAGGGAGGGGCACCCCGAGGUGCUCCGCUACCUCCUGGAUGUGUCCCCAGGGAUCUGGGACACGGAGAGCACCAUCAGGAGGACACCCCUGCACACAGCAGGUGUGGGAGCGACUGGGAAGCGGGAAUGGCCGGAGCUGCUUAACCCACCAUUUCCCCCAGUAUAACUGAAACCAGGAUGAUUCCAGAGGCAGCUGCUCCAUGAGGUACCAGUAUCCCCAUUUCCCUCCCC